AUGUCGACCAUUCCUCACCAAACGGAACGCGCAGAGCCACAAUCACCGGCAACGGCGAGCAAUAAUAGUCUUCGGUUCAGCUGCGACACCUGCCACACGACGAUUUUUGUCAGCUUCGAAGAAGACUGGGCUGGGCAGUGGCACCCUGAAGACUUCAUCUGGCAGCACGCCACUCUAGGAACCUGCAACCGCCUCAACGACAUCCAUGUGGACUAUCACCGUCUCGACUUUGCCACACGGCAGACGCUGUGCCUCAUACGUGAUGAGAAGGAGGCCAUGGAGAACGACAAUGGUCAUGGUGCUGAGCAGCUCGAUGCAUUGCUAGAAUCUGUUGCGCCAAAAGUCUUGGACUUCCAACUUGUCACAGAAUGCACUGGAACAGACGGAAGCAGGCAUGAGACGAGUUUUGGUGCGACUUCAGAGGGCUCUGGAAACGCUUCCCGCGCGACUUCUGAGAGCUCCGGAAGAACAUCCCCUGCGACUUCUGAGAGCUCUGGAAGAUCCUCCUCUGCGACUUCUGAGUGCUCUGGCGGAGAUGAUGCUGGCAAGAACGAGGGCGACGGAGGAAACAGCAAGGGAGACGAGUGUGAGCAAAAAUGUGAUGAUGUUGACGCGGAAGCGCGCUUUGGUGCUCGCUAUGAGCAACGAGAAAAGCGGAGUUAUUAA